UCCCGGCGUAUACUUUACCUUUGGCUCAGCUUGUGUCGACGUGGGGGAACAGAGUGUGUCCGGCCGCAUGAGCACGGAAACAAACAAAACAGUGUCAUGCGAAAUAGCGGAUUCUUUCAGAAACGGACUCCGGCAUGUGGCUUAAACCCGAAGAGGUGCUCCUGAAAAACGCACUCAAGCUAUGGGUGACGGAGAGGUCCAACGACUAUUUCGUGCUGCAGCGCAGACGCGGCUACGGCGAGGGCAGCAGCGCGCUGACGGGUCUCCUGGUCGGAACUCUGGACACAGUCUUGGACUCCACAGCCAAAGUAGCUCCAUACCGGAUCUUGCACCAAACACCUGACUCACAAGUGUACUGGACCGUAGCCUGCGGUGCUUCUCUAGAGGAGAUCUCUCAGCACUGGGACUGGUUGCAGAUCAACAUUAUGAGAACUCUCUCUGUGUUUGACUCCGGGGAUGACAUCACUAGCUUUGUCCAGGGCAAGAUUCGAGGUCUGAUAGCAGAGGAGGGAAAGGGAGCCCCUGACACGCAAGAGCAGGAACGGUUCCGUGAGGCUGUUCUGCGCUUCGAGCACUUGUUUGGCCUGCCACGGCAGGAGAAGCUGGUGACCUACUACUCCUGCAGCUACUGGAGAGGCCGUGUGCCCAACCAGGGCUGGAUGUACCUCAGCACACACUUCCUUUGCUUUUAUUCCUACCUGCUGGGAAACGAGGUGAAGUUGGCCUUGCCCUGGGACGAAGUGAGCCGGCUGGAGCGCGCCUCCAGCGUGCUGCUAACGGAGAGCAUCCGCGUGUGUGUGCGUGGCGAGGAGCAUUACUUCUCCAUGCUCUUGCACCUCCAGCAGACUUACCUGCUCAUGCAACAGCUGGCUGCCUACGCUGUCACCCGCUUGUUCGACAAGGAGACCUUCGAUGCAGACCACCCUCUCUCCGACCCCCCGCGCAUCACACAGAGGGCGCUGGAGGUGCACGCGAGGAACCAGGCGUUCCGGGCAUUCUUCCGUCUGCCGUGCGAGGAGAACCUGUGUGAAGUGUAUGAGAGCUUCCUCUGGCUUCCCUUCAGCCACCACAACACACUGGGCAAGAUCUGCGUAUCCGAGAGAUACCUCUGCUUCGCCAGUCAGGACGGGAGCCAAUGCCAUCUCAUCCUACCCCUCCGGGAGGUUGUAGCAGUGGAGCUGGUGGAUCCUGGCAGCCGUGCCCUAAGUGUGUCUGUGCGGGGUAAACGGGGGUUCCGCUUUUCCGAGGUUCGAGAUUUUGAGCGUCUGGCAGCCACUAUCCGUAGGAAAUGCGUGCCAUCGACAAGCCCUCAACAUUCCGCCGUUACACAGCUGCCUCUGUGUGAUGAUGAGGAGGAGAUGAUGGUUGGUCAGAAAAAGGCUGUCAGCACAGAGGCUCUGAUGAACGUUUUCCAUCCGCACGACACUGAAAAUCUGGAUCCCAAAAUGCUGAAGGAGCGAAUGAAAGAGCAGCUGUGGCAGAUCCACUUUGCAGAAUAUGGUCGGGGGAGUGGAAUGUUCUGCACCAAAAAAACCCGUGACCUUGUCGUACGAGGAAUUCCAGAGACACUCAGGGGAGAACUGUGGAUGCUUUUCUCAGGUGCGGUGAACGACAUGGCUGUCCACCCCGGUUACUACACAUCUCUGCUGGAGGAGUGUAUGGGCAGCAGUUCUCUGGCCUGCGAUGAGAUCGAGAGAGACCUGCACCGCUCCCUCCCAGAGCACCCGGCGUUCCAGACCGAUACCGGAAUAUCCGCCCUGCGAAGAGUCCUGACUGCCUAUGCCUACCGCAACCCCAAAAUCGGCUACUGCCAGGCGAUGAAUAUCCUAACAUCUGUACUGCUGCUGUACGCCAAGGAGGAAGAGGCCUUCUGGCUGCUGGUGGCUGUGUGUGAGAGGAUGCUGCCGGACUAUUUCAACCGUAGAAUCAUUGGUGCCCUGGUUGAUCAGGCUGUGUUUGAGGAACUCAUCCGUGAUCACCUGACCCAGCUGACGGAUCACAUGUCCGACCUGUCCUUCUUCUCGUCGGUGUCUCUAUCCUGGUUCCUCACGCUGUUCAUUAGCGUGCUGCCCAUUGAGAGUGCAGUGAAUGUGGUGGACUGCUUCUUCUACGACGGCAUCAGAGCCGUGCUCCAGCUCGCCCUGGCUGUCCUCCACCACAACGUGGACAGCCUGCUCUGCUGCAGCGACGAUGCAGAAGCUGUCACCAUCCUCAACAGGUUUUUUGACAGUGUGACCAAUAAAGACAGUCCCCUCCCAGCCACUGUACAGCAGGCAACCGGUGACCGAUCAGCCCAGCCUACAGUGGACAUCACCGACCUCAUCCGAGAGGCCUACGAAAAUUUUGGGAAUAUCCAGUGGGAGGAAGUGGAGAGUAUGCGUAAACGCAACAAACUCUAUGUUGUUCAGACACUGGAAGAGACAACCAAACAAAACGUGUUGCGAGUCAUUGCUCAGGAUGUGAAGUUCAGUGCCACUCAGCUGGAAGAGCUCUACUGGCUGUUUAAGAGGCAGCAUUUUAUUAGCUGUUAUUGGAACCAGAGCAGUUCUACUCUGCUGAACCAUGACCCAAGUCUACCUUAUCUGGACCAGUACCAGCUCGGCCAUGGCCAGUUCUGCUCUCUCUUCAGCCUCCUGUUACCUUGGGGCAACAGCCCACCCUCAAACACACACACGUGCGUGCACUCGCACUCUCACACACACUCACAUUUACACUCUCUGGCGCGGUCAGCUUUCUGCCUUGCGGAUCAGAAUGAAGACGGACUGAUCAACUUCAGAGAGUUCAUCUGUGCCCUGGAUGUCCUGUAUAAUGGCUCAUUCACAGAAAAGCUGAAGUUUCUCUUCAAGCUUCAUCUGCAGCCCGCAGGGACUCGGCUCCCAAAGGCCUUAAGAUCUUCUGCCUGUACUCUACCAGCUGAAGAGUUCUCUCUCUCCCCUCGUCUUUCUGACUGUGGUGGUGAUGGUGUGAUCAGGAAGAGCCCAGAGAGAGGUCGUGGGAAGUUUGAUCUCCAGGAGUAUUUGAAACAGUGGCAGGAUGAGUUGCAGAAGAAAGAUGAUAACAUAAAACACCUGCCUAGAAUUAACCAGACCCAGUUUAUUUGCUUGUCUAAGACGCUGUACAGUGUGUUCCAUGGAGAUGAGGAGGAAGAGCAUCUGUACUGUGCGGUUGCCCGGGUAACCAGCCUACUGCUGCGCAUGGAGGAAGUGGGAAGAAAGCUGCAAGAGAACAGCCCAACAAAGACUCCUCCCACUACCACGCAGAGCCCCGCCCCUACACCGGCCGCUGAGCAGAGCCCCGCCCCUACACCAGGCCUUGAGCAGAGCCCCGCCCCUACGAGCCACACCCCGGAGACGUGCACUCCAACUGAGAGUGAGGGCACCACCAAAACUCCUGAUUCUCCACCUGGGUGUGCCGGCAUCUCCCCUGUUCAUCCAGACACAAGCCCCUCAGACACAAACCCCACCUCCACCACCUCCACUGCCACUAGCAGCCCCACCGGGACCCACAGCUCCACCCUGGACACGCCUUCGGACACGCCCGGGGAUCCUCCGAGCCCUGCCGCGGGUGGAGACUGGAGUUUUUCUUUUGAGCAGAUUCUGGCCUCACUCCUGAACGAGCCCACCGUCGUCCGCUUCUUUGAGCAAACAGUUGACGCAGACACGCUCAUAGAGUACGCACGCAGUGCCCAGCUCAGAGACGCACGCACGCACGUAAAGUAAGCGCGAAACACCCAUAUCAAAAACACACAAUAAAACACACACACACGCUCAAAGUAAGAACGAAACAACCAACUCAGAGACGCACGCGCGCGCACACACACAAACCUAAAAAGGAAAAACAAUAAAUCGCAGCAAACUACUGCCCUCCAAAAGCCAUAAUUUACACCCCAUUCUUCCCCACCCCACACUGAGCACACACACACACCUUCCAUUUCUGCUUGAGAUUAAUGAAAUGUUUAGUUGUCUUACUGUGUUGCAGACAAGUCUCUGUGUUAAAUGCAUACCUAUAAAAAUAUAUGCAACUUAAACAACAAAUAAAAGAUGAACAGUAGAGCACAAUAUCUGAUGUGAGAACGUCUGUGUGGGAUUACGUGGGCUCACCAUCAGGCUAACAGACUGCUCCAUUCUGGAAACGCAUUCAUUCUGUGUUUUCCCACAGUUCAGUUCUCCAGCAUGUUUCUUCUGUUCUAGAUUGCAUGUGUUACUUUGUUCUAGGACAACCGUGUGAGCGAUACGGGGGGUGUCCUGCCGAAUUUGAUUGGACGCUACAGGUCAGGGCAGGGACAUAGUGCGAUCUGAUUGGAUGCUAUGUGGCACAGUGGAUUGGGAUUAGAAAGGACAGGAACAUGGUGCAUGGUGAACUCUGACCUCACAGUUUUUUUUCUGAAUUGUCUUUUUGGAUUUGUGUUUGUGUUUGUGUGAAAAAUGGAUGUUAAUAUGUAUUGUCGUCUCAGUGGUAUUUUAAGAGAG